AGUCUGGGUACUUUUCAGUAAUAAAAAAAGAAACAUUUCUCAGCAUUUCUCAACAAGAAGAGGCUGUGCUGUGGUCUUGUUCAGGUAGCAUGAUGGAGGUGCUGCUGAAAGUCUUGGAUGAGCUGCAGGAACUCGAGUUCAGGAGGCUGAAGUAUAAGCUCUCCGAGCUGGCUGUGGACAAGGGCUAUGACCGCAUCCCCCGAGGACCUCUGGAGCUGGCCAGCAAGGAACAGGUAGCCAGCCUACUACUGGAUUACUACCCAGAGGACUACGCUGUGGAGCUGACAGAGCGGGCCCUGAAGGCAAUCAACAAGCGGAGGCUGAGCUGUGACCUCAUGAAGCAUUCUGCUGCAGCUAGAAACACCUAUUUCAUCGUGCAGCCCGCUGAAGCAAUUCGAAACCACAGCUGUCAUCUGUCUUGGGUUUUCAGGACAGUGCUACUGCUCACAACCUGGUAUUUAAGAAACAAGAAAUCGUGAAAUCAACUUGAGGAUAAAGACACUUUUGCACCGUCAUACAAAUGGACCUGCAAGGAUAUUUGAGUCGCAUUUUAUUUUUUUCGUGUGAAAUAAAUUUAAAUACUUAAAAAUAAUGAUCUCUUCU